AAAAUAAUCGCAACCGCCUCUUUGCCCUAAAGUCAAGAAAAAAAUAAAAAAGAGAAAACUCUCUUCUCUCUCUCUCUGCGUAUCUGGCGGAGGAAGACAAAACAAAACCCUCAAGAGCAAAAAGAAAAAAAGAACAGCGGAUUGAUCGGAGAAAAGCUUCAUAAAAACCCUAAGAGAAUAAAACAUCGAAGAGUUGAUCCCCCGGAUCUCCUUGUGGUAGAUUAGAUAAAACCCUCUCCGCAAUCUCUCCACAGCUUCUGAGUCUGAUUCUGUCGGUUACAGUUUUCAGGGAGAGAGAGAGAGAGUCUCCCCUCUCUUUUAACUCCGAUGGGGAGUAGUGAUGAGCGAAACAGUAAGGCGAUUGAUGCCUCUGUUGGAGGCUUGGUUUGGGUCCGACGACGUAACGGGUCCUGGUGGCCGGGUCGGAUCAUGGCUCAUCACGAGGUUCCUGACGAUACCAUCGUUUCUCCCAAAUCCGGCACACCUAUUAAGCUUCUAGGCCGUGACGAUGCUGGCGUGGAUUGGUAUAAUCUUGAGAAGUCCAAGAGGGUGAAGGCCUUUCGUUGUGGGGAGUAUGACGCUUGUAUUGAGACUGCCAAGGCUACUGCAUCUGGUAAGAAGCCUGUCAAGUAUGCUCGACGGGAAGACGCCAUUGUCCAUGCUCUCGAGAUUGAGAAUGCCCUCCUCCUUGUAGGAAAAGACGAUUCCUGUGUCGACAAGGCAAGCACGUCUUCUGACUCUACUGAUGGCAAAGCUUCAAAGGUGCAGCCUUUGUCAGAAAAGAGGAGGAGGAGAAGAAGAACACCUAAUGACUCGGAAGAUGAUGAACGAAACAAACGUAUGAGAGGGCUUGAGGAUAUUGGAGUUGGUGUAGGAUCAAAAGAAAAGGCUAAGCAGGAAAAUGGAUUGGUUAGUGAUGUAGACAUAAAUGCUAAUGAGAGCUCUAAAAAGAAAACCCAACGACGACCACUGACAAAAGUGUUGGAGAGUACAACAGCUGUGGUGUCUGUUCCUGUUACCUGUGACGAACUUGUUAAUUCUGAUUGUCCGCCUGGUCCAGGGCUCUCUGAAAGCAAAGUUUCUGCGGUAAAUAACUCUGACAGCAAUGGGGUGGUUUCAUGUGAGAAUGAUGAUGUUUCACUAAAUGCUACUGAGAAUUUUGCUGAUGUGAGGAUCCAUAACAAGGCAAAAGAGAGUGAAGUCUCCAGCAUAUCAGUUUUGGCAAAGGAUGAAGUAUUUGAUGUUCCGCUACUUGGAGAACAUAAAUACACUGCAGGUACUUCGGCGGCAGCUUUCACAUCUUCACAGGCGAAAGCUCUGGCUCUUGUCUCUGAACCGACGAGGCAAUGUGAUGAUGUGGUGAAAACUGAAGGAUGCAAUGGAUCCGCUUGUACAACAAGUCCAGCAGUUCCACUCAUCAGUGGUGUUGAGGAUAUCACUUCGAAGUGGCAGCUAAAAGGGAAAAGGAAUCCAAGGCAGAUGAGUAAAAAACAAGAAGAAAGAAGAAUUGCUUACGCGGAAGAAGCCAACAACAACAACUCUUUCCCUCAUUAUUCUCUCUCUUCUCAGCUGUACGACGUGAAGAUCGAGGAGAAAGGUAACUACAAACCCAGGAAUGUCCCGCUGAUAUCCCUUAUGAGUAAACUGGACGGUGAAGCUAUCGUCGGUCAUCCUUCAACGGUUGAAGUGCUUGGAGAUGGAUCUUGUGACCGCAUUUUGUGCAGUCAUAUCAAGUCGCUUGUUGUUCCAAUGGUUGCUGUUGAGGUGAAGCCAAAACCAUCAUGGAAGAAUAAAUCAAAGAAAAAGAAACCACACAUUCCUCCACACAAAUCAUCAAAGUCAAAGAAAUCUUCGUCUCUGUCCAUAAAGACAAAGUGCCUCUCUGCUCUAAGUGGCCAGAAGCUGACAGUAAGCAGCAAGAAGAAAGUGAUGAUAGAGAAGACGAGAGAGGGGAUUGUAUCUUGCAUCCCUCUCAAAGUAGUCUUCAGUAGGAUAAACGAAGCAGUGAAGGGGUCAGCGAGACAAGUGCAUAGAGCAUUGCCAUCUGCAGGCAAUAAUACUAUAUGAUGAGAUGGGUUUAAGUCCUCCCUGGUUUGUUUUCGCAUCUAUUUCUUGUCUUUUGUUGUUCUUUCUCGCCUCAGGUUUAAGAUGAAACUAGCCCGGUUUUAGUGUGUGCUGGAUUGGUUUUCUGUAUAGUACAGAUAUAUCUUAGUGCUUGUGGGACAGAAAGAGAGAGAAGAAUAUGGAAGUGAAUGUGUGUAUAUGUAAUUAUAUCAGUAAUAGCAAUUGGUGGUGGGAGGUGUAAACUUAGAAGAAAGAAGAAAAUAAACUCACAGAUUAGGUGGAAGAAGACAUUGUUGCUCUCAUUUACUCACUUAGCAUUUCAAGGAUUGCUUUUAGUCCUUUUCCAGAUAGAUUUGUUUGUUGUAACUCUCUUUAAAAGUUCUUUGUCAAACUCAGAUGGAGAAGAAACUUUUUACAGCUA